AGAAGCUGAGCUUGAACCUGGACCUGAAGUAUCAGACGGAGAAGCUGAAGAAGGGAGCUCAGUGAUUGGAUACCUGAACUGCAGUCUGAGCCAAUGGCAGCCCAGAGUGUCUCUGUACAGGCUGCCUGUAUCUUUGCCCCGCCCCGGACACCCCCUCCCUGGUUUUCGUCUGGUCCUCGGAGAUGCUGAAGACGAGAUUUUCCUGGAAGAGAUGAGCGAUGACAGUCAGUCUGACGAUGAUGACAUCAUUGAGAUACUGCCAUCAUCACCAGAGUCACCUGUGAUGCUGAUGAUGGUCACCUGCUCCGCCUGUCGAUCAACCAACGGUUCAAUAGUCUGCACAGCCUGCGGUCGAGGAUAUCACCGAGACUGUCACAUUCCUCCGGUCGGACCUCACAUACGGUCAGAGUGGAUCUGCUCUCUGUGUCAGGACCUGUCUGACCCCUCGGACCCCUUCAGCUGUGACAGACCUCCGAGACUUCAGAGUUACGGUCUCAGUCUGCUGGACCAGAGGAGGUGUGAGAAUCUGCUGCUGCAGCUGAUGGUCGAAGGCAGCGCUCAAUUUUCUCAGUCUCAGGUGAUGUUGGUGUCGAAGCGUCUGACAAGCGGUUCUCCUUCAUAUCAAACACCUGCAGAGUUCCUCUCAGACAUCUGGAGUCUGUUCAAAGACACAUCACAGGACGACGACGUUCUGAACAAACUGCAGGACCGUCUGCAGCGGCAGUGGAUGACAAGUUUAAAGCUUCUUCCUUCAGUCAGCAGCAACACUGAUGGAGUCAGAGGUGCGUUCAGCUCCAACAACAACAACAACGACACACGAGAGGUUACCGAGGUGGGAAAGGGGUCAAAGGUCACAACUGAGAAGAAGGAAGUGAUCAGCAGCAAGUCCAAACUGAGGGAGACGAGGAAGAGGCUGAGAGAGUUUCUGGAUCUGAUGGAAACGUCCCGCUCCAAGAGGACGAAGGCGGACAACUGCUCCUGAGAGUGACCGAACACAACUAUGACAUCACGACCUAACAAUGCUGAAACCGUUUCCUGUCAUGAUGCUGCAGAGUUUCAAUUACAUACUUUUUUUUGUUUGUUUGUUUGUUUGUUUUGCUCUGUGUCAGGCCCCCACGAAAGCAGCUCCGUCUUGUAGACAUUUUCUUCUCAGCAGCCGCUUGUGAAAAAUCUCCUGUAGCUCAAAACUCAUUUCCCCACAGACCGCCGUUUGAAAGAGACGUCUAUAAAACAGUCGACACCUCGAAGUGCCGACAAGGUCAAACUGUGACUCUUAAUGUUCUGAAUUUUUGAGCCAGGGUGGUUCUAAUUUUGUAAAAGUUUACUGGAGCUGAGAAAAGUGAUUAAAAUAUCUGUGACAUCAUCACAAUGUAAGGUCAAUGAGCUGAGCUGGAAUUGGUGGGCGGGGCCAGCGGGAGAAACACUACUGUGCCUCUUUAGUGGGUCACAUACCUCUGAAGUUAUUAUCAUAUGUCUGUGGUCUGUUUUUGUAUUUAACUUUAUUUAUACUCAAUGUUUUAUAAUAAACAGCAUUUUUUUCAA